AUGUCGGUCAUACGAGAAACAGUUUGUGGCGUCAAUACACAGCUAGACCGCCUCCAGCAGAUUACAACUCAACAACUUGAGGCCGCUUCUCUUCCUGAUCAGUCUCAAGAACAUAUCGACCAGUUGCAAGAUGUCAUCCACGCUAUUUCAGUGACAUCAAAGACACAACCUCUUCUAUCCCCCACUCGAUUGGCAGCCUUGCUUUCUGACCCGGCUAUAUCUCGCCUCCAAUCCAGUCCUAGUAUAUCUGGGGUCUCUGCUGGAAAUGCCUCUGACUACGUAUGGAUAAUAGCAGCAAAGGCUGCCGUCCAGACAUCUGGCUUGCUCAUGAGCACUGUUCUGGACCAAACGCUUGAACUCCACGAUGAAGCUUAUUAUUGGGGAGAGAUGCUGGGUUCAGUCUGGCACAGCGGCCUGUAUACGAUCCAGACCUCCCCAGUAGAGUUGUUUCGAUGGACUAAGAACACAUAUCUGACACAAACUCAAGGCACCUCGUCCAUUGUAGACAGGUGGAUUCAAUUUUACCAGGUUGCCCAACAAAGUGUCUGGAAAUUAGGAGGACACUCCAUACGUGGCCAUUUGCUUGCUCCCAUCAGGUCGUCGCGCGCGGAGAUGCGGCAAAAAAGAGACUUGAUAUUCGCGAUGAAGGAUCUUCACACCAGCAGCCUUGGCCUUCUGAUGGAAGGGUGGCAUUCGUUCGAGGCCGAUGAAUCCACUGCGAGUGCCACCUCUAUGGACCUAGGCAAGCAAUGGCGCGAUGAAGUAUGCAGGGCAGUAGUUCUAAUCGAAGCUGUCUGUCACCAGAUAAGACUUGAGCCCAGCAUCCAGGCAUUGGAGGGGUGCGUAUUUGCAGCUCUGAAGAGAGAAACUGAUAGCAUGCAAUUGCAAGCACAGAGUGAACCCCGCGUCCAGCAGCCCCUCGAAUUAAUCGAACGACUUGUGCAUGUGCUCCGACAGAAGUUGCCACAACAUAAAGCUUCAGUUUCAAUAUUUGUUGGUCACCAUGGACGGCCUUCGGGCAUGGUCCGCUACUGGUUACCAAUCUCAGCUGCCAUCCUUUUCGGCAGUGUGUCGAUGAGGUUCUUGUCCAACAGACAGGAGGAAAUCAUCCAGGGGAUCAUGGACAUUGGUGCCACAACCAUCGACUUUUGGGGCAACUGGGUUGUGCACCCCAUCCGAAAGCUCAUUGGGACCAUCAGGCAUGAUGAAAAAAGCGAAAUCGCUAUCAUGAGCAAGAAUAGUCUGCUGGCUGAUCGAGCCAGCUUGGAAAGAAUGGUGGUUGAUUUUGUUCAAGAUCGCCCGGACCUUCACGAAGGAGUAGCAGACACCACCACCAUCGUGAACGCAGUUAAGGAGGGUGACUUGACCCCCGUUCUGAAAGCGUACGAAAGAGACUUGCGGUCACCACUGGUUGGAACCGUUCGGGGCGAUCUAAUCCGUGCCCUCUUGAUUCAAAUCCAGAAAACCAAGGUUGACGUGGAGAUUGCCAUCAGCGGUAUUGAUGCUCUACUGAAGAGCCAAGAACUUGUCUUUGGGUUCGUUGGAUUAACCCCAGGGAUCUUGGUCUCUUUUGCAGCCCUGAGAUGGCUGGGCACCCUUUUGGGUAGCCGACGAGGCCUGCAAAAGGGCAAGCAUCGACAUGAACUCAAGCGUGGAUUGCGGAAUGUGGCUCGGAUUCUGACAUCCUCUGGGAUUUCUGCAAAUGGAAAGAUCCCAUACAAAGACUCCGGUCAAUUGAUCUGCGAGGCGGAGGCUCUACUGCAGCAGAUGAGGGCGGUUUCUAGCAGUAUGAAGUAUCAAGAGUUCCGGGAAGAUAUCCAAGAUCUGCUCAACGUACAGAAUGGAGUUGACAAGCAACUUCGUGUGAUUGAGAGGAUGAGAUGGUCAUACUUUCAAUGA